AGCAUCAGUGUCGCUAGAUUGUUUUCAAAAACAAUACGGGCAAUGUUUUUACUUACGAUAGUGUUUAUCAUUUUUGUGACAUGGGUGUUCUGUAGAUUAACUUGCGGAAUAUGUAAGAAUAGUAGACAUUUGGUUGGAAAAACGGUUAUUGUGACGGGAGGCAAUGCCGGCAUCGGGUAUGAGACUGCAAAGGAUUUGGCCGAGAGAGGAGCGCGAGUGAUCCUGGCCUGCAGGAGUGAGGCUCGAGCUGUUGCCGCCAGGGACCGGAUUGUGGCCGAGACCGCCAACCCUGACGUACACUACCGACAUCUCGACCUCGCGUCCUUAAGCUCAGUCAGACUCUUCGCAGACACCAUCAUCAAGACCGAAGCACGCCUCGACAUUCUCAUUAACAAUGCUGGUUCUUAUGCAGCUGACUUCCGGUACACUGAAGACCGUCUGCUACUUAUAAUGCAGAACAACCACUUCGGACCCUUUCUGUUGACCAACCUACUGCUCCCACUAUUAAAAACUUCAGCGCCCAGCCGUAUUGUAAACGUAGCGUCUCUCGCACACGUAGCAGGCGUUAUCGACUUCGAUAAUCUUAAUGGAGAAAAGGAAACCGAAAAGACUUACAACGAACUGAAGGUGUACUGCGAUACAAAACUGUGCAACAUUUUAACGACAGCUGAAUUAGAACGGCGGUUAAAAGGGACUGGUGUUACAGUUAACUGUCUACACCCUGGGAUCGUUGUGACGGGAUUUGGAAGUGAUAACUGGCUGGUGUCAAACUUCCUAUAUUAUUUAAAGUAUUUUUGGAAGAGUCCAUGGGAAGGUGCGCAGACGACUAUUCACCUUGCUGUAGCACCAGAGCUCGCGGGUAUCAGCGGCCGCUACUUUGAGGACUGUGCUGAUCGGUCCCCCAGCAAACAAGCUCAGGAUAUUCAACUGGCCCGAAGACUUUGGGAAGAAUCGGAGAGAUUGGUACAGUUAAAAGCCACUGCUGCGUGAACAGUUUUUAUUUAUGUGUGUUGGGUUUCGUGAUAACUUUAGGUAUACCGUAUCUAUUAUGUAACAUUUGUUAAGUAUAGGGAUUUAAUAAAGGUAAACAUAUCUUCAGUUGCAUCAAAUCGCCUGUCAUCGUUAAAUCGUUCGUCGUCCGCUAAAUCUUAUUCCAGAGAAGUUUCCCAGAUUUCUCCUGCUAUGUUGGUCAGAUCACUGUGGUUGGUGCUACUGGCCCUUAAUAUUGAAAUGGUUUAUGAGGCGGGACCAACAAUUUAAGGAAUAAUUAAAAAUUCUUAA